UAAUCUCACAGAAACAAAAUUUUCCUAAAAACUCUGCGUAAAUACAGGUUCACAACUGCUAGUGGCCUGCUAUAUCCAGCCAAUUUAUAUAUUGACACUCGAACCAACUAAGAGAAACAGAUCCAUGAUCCAUCAUUCAUCAAUGAUAAUGAAAAUCCCCGAUAUGCUUCUCACCCUUACCAUGAUUCUUGCUCUAGUCUUGUACAAUGUUGACGCGGUGAACUCAAAUCUUUUCAGGGAAUACAUUGGAGCUGAGUUCAAAACUGUCAAAUUCUCUGAUGUCCCCAUAAACAGAACCACCAACUUCCAUUUCAUUCUCUCAUUUGCCAUUGAUUACACAACCUCAUCAACUCCCUCUCCGACUAAUGGAAAAUUUAACGUCUUCUGGGACACUGAUAAUCUAUCUCCAGCAGAAGUUUCUUCCAUCAAGAAAUCCCACCCGAAUGUCAAAGUUGCGCUGAGCCUGGGAGGUGACACUGUGGGGGCUAAAUUUGCUUACUUCAAACCUUCUUCAGUAGACUCAUGGGUCUCCAAUGCUGUUUCUUCACUCACCAGCAUCAUCAAACAGUAUCAUUUAGAUGGUAUUGACAUCGACUAUGAGCACUUCAAGGCCGAUCCAAGUACAUUUGCCGCGUGCAUUGGGAGGCUCAUAAUGACACUGAAGAAGAACAAAGUUAUCUCUUUUGCUUCAAUAGCUCCUUUUGAUGAUGAUCAAGUUCAGCAACAUUAUAUGGUUCUCUGGAGGCGAUACGCGCACCUAAUAGACUAUGUCAACUUUCAAUUUUAUGCUUAUGAUCAACAAACAAAUGUGUCUCAAUUUCUGAGUUAUUUUAAGACUCAAAUGUCGAAUUAUAAGGGAGGUAGGAUUUUAGUGAGUUUAACAAGUGGUGGUAGUGGAGGAUUAUCGCCAGAAAAUGGUUUCUUUACUGCAUGCAAGAUGCUAAAAGCUCGAAAACAACUCCAUGGAAUCUUUAUUUGGUCUGCAGAUGAUUCAAAGUCUCAAGGAUUCAAGUACGAGAAACAGUCACAAGCUUUGUUGGCAUGAUCACACUAGUAUGUAGUAUUAUUAUGUAAAAACUUGAACUCAUGAUCCUUUUUGUUCUGAGUCACUUACAAAAUAAAUCAAACCAAACUUUAACAGGGUUAGAUCAA